AUGUGGAAGUCGCUUUCAAGCUCGCAAUCUGAUACCAAUGGCUUUACGCCACUCAUUGCCCAGGCAGAGAAGAUGGAGUACUUGCGUGCGCACGGCUGGCGAAAGUUUCUUGCUCAGUUUGCAUCGCAAUGCGACCUACAUCACACCUGUGGGAUUUGCACGCAGUGGGUGGUUGACGGCAGGGCAAUCAGGCAACAUUACAAGAAAUCUCACGCCAGCAUUUGGGCUCGCUAUUCAGCGCAGUACGAGGCUGAAGUCAAGCAGCUUCGUAAAAUAGCAGAGCCGGACAGCAGCCUCACUACAGCGGCGGCGGUCAACCAAGAGAUGAUGGCAGUGCUAGGCGGACUCCUGCCGAGCAUGCAGGCCUUAGCAGAGAGCAGUCAACAGCUCGGCAAGCGUCAGCUGGACUCGGGCUCCCCCGCGAGGCGCAAGCACAAGUGGGUCAAGGGAGACGGAAAGGGGGCUUCAUCGAUGACUACUUCCAACGACCUGCUCCCACUGAUAAAGCUAUUGGUGGCUCUUGUUCUGCGACAGGGCGACAGUCUUGGUCGUCUGGAAACAGACACAAGCUAUUUUUUGGCGCUGAAGGUCCCAGGAGAGGAGUCGCUGGCUUUGACAAUGGUCAAAGUCAUCGCCAAAUGGCGAGAUCUCAAGUUGAAGGAUCCUGCUCAGUUGAAAAUGAGCCUCCGCACCACCCUGUUCGUGGCCUUGUUGCAAGAGCUGGGGGCCAGGGCAGAGGCGCUCUUGACCAAUCCGGAGAAGAUUCAGGCCCUCAAAGAUCAGAAGCUUCUGACUGCAGAGGGGGAGUGGGUCUACCAAGUCUGGAACCCCGCCGAGAAAACCCUGGAGAUCUGCCCCACUCGGACCCCGCUGAAAAUGGAGACCUUCAUUCAGCAGGUCAAGCAGACGCAACAGGCAAUUCUUGUUCCCGAACAUGUCACACGUUUUCAGGCGACAAAGCCGCCGAACGAGGAGCACCUGGGGGAAGUGCUACCCUUUUUGAUAGACGUGUCGCUGCGUCCUGGUGCAGCCCGGGUCCAUCAGAACCUGAGAUCCUGGGUGGAGUGCGCAGCCCUGCAGCUCAUCGGAGCUCGGCUUCGAGGUGCGAGGCAGAAGCGCGGUCAGCAAAUGAACCAGCUACAGCAAUGGUUGACAGCGCAUCGUUGA